AAAACCCCGCCUCACAAAUCUGAUGGCUCCUGGAAGAUGGCGGCAGACCUCGAGCUGCUAGCAGCAGUUUUCUAUUAUGCGGAGGUAGACAACAAAGUUGUCAGUAACAUUGUAGGAUCAUUGGACAGCGAGAUUGUACAUAAAGGUCUUGGCACAUCUGAAAGCCUAUUUGUUGCAUAUCACGUCGCUGGUAGGCCUGGGAGAUUGAGCAAUGCAAGCGACGUUAUUGCUACCGUUAGUAAAAGCCAAAUCGGACUUCCAUGAGCGACUGCAAGAGGCUAACAAGCUAAUCAGCUAGCUUUGUUUGCUAAGUGUAUAGAAAGCGUGUUAGCUAGUUAGCUACAUAGAUGAGACAGUGAACUAGUCGUAUUUAUACUAUUAAAGUAACUUUUUAUUCCCACUUUAGGUGUAAUAUUGACUCAGAUGACUCCCAUGUCCUGUCAUUUGUGUAAGGGGUUUGAAGUCGUCACGCGCCUUUGUCUCCUCUGCCGCACAGGAGUUUUAAUGUAGAAAGUGUCACUAGUAUGAUGUCCCAGAGUCCGACUGUAGCAACAAGAAUACCAGGACCUCCACCAGUCGCGGGACCCGACAACGCAGUGGGUCUUCCUAAUCAAGGCAGGGCCGACACCGUUGUCACCGGACCGGGAACCUCUGUGUAUCAAACUUUGAAUGGAGACAACGUGAACUGUCAGACUAAGGUGAGCGGUGUCGCUCCUGCUGCUACACCGCUGUCAGGUAUCCGCAACGUGAACAUAUCUAGCAACCCUGCAGCUGCUGCUCCGGUAGUUAGCAACGGACUUGGAAUGGCUGACGGUAACACAAACGUCAACGUUAUUGCCUCAAGCCCCAACAUGGUUAUUCGUACACCCACAAACAUGCAGAACUCUGUUCCAUCGCCAAAUUUAGGUAGCGGUACUACUUCGUUAACUAUAAGGCCGCCCGUGCAAAUGGGGACUCCUGGCGCCGUCUCGAAUGGGAAUCAAGUCACAACGACGACCCAGAUUGUCACCACUUCACAAGGAACUUUACAGAGUCCGCAUUUGCAAACUAUUACGAGGACUGUGUCCCCGGGAGCAGCUGCUGCUAUUGCUCCGGCAAAUGUCAGUCCGAGCGGUGCCCGGGCGAUAGCGCCACAGGUGUUUGCUUCCAGGCUGCCUCAGCCCGGAGCCACUCAGCCAACUAAUGUCCAGAAUCUUCAGCUACCACCAGGCAUGGUGCUCGUUCGCAGCCAGACUGGCCAGCUUCUGAUGAUGCACCAGCAGACCCUGGCUCAGAUGCAGGCCCAGGCCAAGACUCAGAGCGCCAUGGCUCCACGACCCAGCACGCCCACCAGUUCUGCAACAGUCAAGGCUCCUGGAACCCCCGUGGUAGCCCGGCCGGUGACGGUAGCGGUGACCAAGCAGGGCUCCCCCACUCCUAGCCCUGCUCCGGUGACCACCGCCCUCCAGAGGCCACCUGUCCUACAGCAGCAUCCUGUGAUGGGUGCCGCCGGGGCGACAGUGACUCCCUCUCUGGGGACGACGGUGCAGCAGACGACCCCUCAGAGGACCGCUGUGGUACCCAACAGGGUCUCAGUCACCCCGGAGACGAUGGAGAAUGUAAAGAAGUGUAAGAACUUUUUGUCGACGCUGAUCAAGCUGGCGUGCAGUGGGAAACAGUCCACUGAGACGGCGGCCAAUGUAAAAGACCUCGUGAGGAAACUCCUGGAGGGGAAGGUCGAACCUGAAGACUUCACCAGUCGGUUGUACCGGGAGCUGAACUCCUCACCCCAACCUUACCUUGUGCCUUUUCUCAAGAGAAGUCUUCCCGCCCUGCGCCAGCUGACCCCCGACUCGGCUGCCUUCAUCCAGCAGAGCCAAGGCCUGACGCCGGCCCCCUCUGCAUCAGCAGUCUCCCAGGCUGUAUCCGUACCCAGCCCCACCCCGACCCUCACCGCAGCCUCCACUGUUGUGGGCACCACUGCCAGCCUCACCCCCACACGACCCCACAUCCAACCAACCACACUGGUCCUGAGGUCUCCCCAACCGGGCGCCAUCCGCAAACCAUCGCAGGUGUCCCUGACUACGACCCCAAUGGUGACCCUGAGGGCUCAGCCACAGAGCCGAGUGCUCGUGGGGCCGCCCUCUAAGCUGAUCUCAGCAUCCAAAGGCAAACCCGGGGACAGCGUUGGAGGCACAUUCAAGGACGAUGACGACAUUAACGACGUGGCCUCGAUGGCGGGGGUGAACCUGUCGGAGGAGAGCGCGCGCAUCAUGGCCACCAACUCUGAGCUGGUGGGCACCGUCAUGCGCUCCUGCAAGGACGAGGCCUUCCUGCACACGGCCAUGCUCACGCGCAGGAUCAUGGAGAUAGGGAAGAAACAUGGCAUCUCGGAGCUGGGUCCCGACUUGGUGACGUUCGUGUCCCACGCCACGCAGCACCGGCUCUCCAGCCUCCUGGAGAAGGUGUCGGUCGCGGCCCAGCACAAGAACUUCAACUUCAAGGAGGGGGAUCACUAUGAGCAGGCCAGUGACGUGCGGCUGCAGCUGAAAUUCUUUGAGCAACUGGACCAGAUGGAGAAGCAGAGGAAAGAGGAGCAGGAGAGAGAGAUACUCAUGAAGGCAGCUAAGUCUCGAGCGCGACAAGAGGACCCUGAACAACUGCGAUUAAAACAGAAAGCCAAAGAGAUGCAGCAGCAGGAGCUGGCGGAGAUCAGGCAGAGGGACGCCAACCUGACUGCUCUGGCCGCCAUCGGGCCCAGGAAGCGGAAGAAGAUGGACUCUCCAGGCAGCGCUGGGGCUGCUGAGGCCUCGUCCUCGGCGAGUUCCAGCUCAGGUCCUUCCAGGCAGUACACGCGCCAGCGCAUCACGCGCAUCAACCUCAGGGACCUGCUCAACUGCCUGGAGAGCGAACGCUCCACCAGCCGCUCGCAGCUGCUCUACCGCGCCCUCCUCAAGUAGCCUCCACCAUCUCCCACGACUACCACCUCCUCCUGCUGUUCCUCCUGCGCCCUCCUCAAGUAGCCUCCACCACCUCUCGUCACCACCACCACCUCCUGCUGUUCCUCCUCCAUCCCCUCCUGCGCCCAUUAUCUACUGUGCUCUCCUCGAGUAGCCUCCACCACCUCUCGUCACCACCACCUCCUGCUGUUCCUCUCCCAGCUCCUCCUGCGCCCAUUAUCUACUGUGCUCUCCUCGAGUAGCCUCCACCACCUCCCACCAUCGCCACCUCCCCCUGCUGUUCCUCCUGCGUCCACUAUCUAUUGCGCCCACCACCUCCUCCUCCUCCUCCUCCUCCUCCUCCACGCCUAACGCCUCUUCCUCCUGUUCCUCCACCAGUUGCUCUCAGCUACUUUACUGCGCCCCCCUCAAGCAGCCAUCACCACCACCUCCUCCUGUUACUCCUCCAGCUCCUCCUGUGCUCUCCUCAAGUAGCCAUCACCUCCUCCUCCUCCUCCUCCUCCUCCUCCUCCAGCUCCUCCUGCACCCACUAUCUACCGCACCCUGCUCAAGUACCCUCCUCCACCAUCUCCACCUCCUCCUGUUCUACCUCCCGCCACUCCAAGCUGUCGUGCUUCUCCUUAAGGAUCCUCCAUACUGACCCCCAUCAUCCCCUCCUACUGACCUGACGACCCUUAUGUUUCAUCCCCUCCACCAGCCGCUGACAGCUGCGGCACCGUGCUCUCCUCAAAUAGCCCAGACCCCAACCUCCUCCUGCUCUCCCUCUUCCUCCUCCUGCUCUCCUUCUUCCUCCUCCUGCUCCCCCUCUUCCUCCUCCUGCUCUCCUUCUUCCUCCUCCUGCUCCCCCUCUUCCUCCUCUUUCUCUUCCUGUUUUUUGUUGUCCUUCUUUUCUCCGCCUCUCCCCCCCACCAUCUUCUGUGACCACCUGAAGUAGCAUCCACCCUCAUGCCUGCUGUACCCCAUCAUCACCUCCUCCACCUGCUCCUCUUUCUUGUUUUCUUGUCCUGCCGCUCCCCCCACUCCCCACUUUUCCUCCCUCCUCCUUCUCCUUCCUUUCCAUCACCCACCGUCUCCUUUUUCUCCUCCUCCUCCUCCUCCUCCUCCUCCUCUUCCUCCACCCAUAGCUCUUACUCUUCACACCACUCUUCCCCGUUCGCCAUCUCGGUCAUAGGAAAAACUGCAUCAGACCACUGGCGAGGAAGAGAGAGAUUAGGUUUUUAAAAGUUAUAUAUUUUACCGUUUUUUUUUGUUUUUGUUUUUAAUUAUUGAUUUGUUUUUUGUUUAUUUUGCAUACUACAGCCCAGGGAUUUUUUUUCUCUCGUAAAAAAAAGUAAUAAAAAUAUGCAAAAAUCA